CUCGAUUUGUCAUUAUUGAAUCGCUUCUGGCCAAGGUCCUGGAAGUGAUAGCGUGCCAGACAUGCAAGUCAUCUAGUGUCUCCUGCAUUUUCAGUAUACAUCCGUUCAAUCCUCAGGAGUCCCAUGAUGCUGCUGAGCCUCUUGAGGACUGCCAGGAGCACAUCAGCCUUGGCGUGUUCACAGCAAGCAACAAUUUCCAGAGCCAGCCCUCUGGCCUGCAGCAGAUUUUUUCAGACAGAGGGCGCAGUAAAUUCUGAGACAGCCCCUGCUCUUCCUUUUGCCUCAGAGCAGCAUCUUCUUGAUGAGGACGAUGAGUUUGAUGCAGACCUGACUCCCAAGCAAGUUGUUGACCGCUUGGAUCGGUACAUAGUUGGGCAGGCGGAUGCCAAGCGAGCUGUUGCAAAUGCCUUGCGCAACAGGUGGCGGCGCAGGCAGAUUGCCAGCCCCAUGAAGGAAGAGAUCGUCCCCAAGAACAUCCUCAUGAUCGGUCCAACAGGGUGUGGCAAGACCGAGAUUGCACGCCGGCUUGCAAAACUGGCUGAUGCACCAUUUGUCAAGGUCGAGGCCACAAAGUUCACAGAGGUUGGGUUCCAUGGGCGCGAUGUAGACCAGAUUGUCAGGGAUUUGGUGGACGCAGCCAUCAUCUCAACGAGAGCCAAGAUGAAAAGGCAGCUGAGGGCAGAUAUUUCAAGGGCCGUGGAAGACAAGAUCCUUGACUGCCUUGUGGGCCCCGUCAGCGAGAACGGGCCCAACACGACAAGGGAGUCUUUCAGGGCAUUGUAUCAGGAGGGACAGCUAGAUGAGCGCAAAAUCACAGUUGACAUCCCGGGGUCACGAGUCAGCGUCACAAACAUGGAUGGACCUGGCGGGCAGGCUUUGCAGGAGAUGCUCAGCCGCCUGGACAGGGUCAUUGCUUCGCGGAAGAACAGCGGAGAGAAGCGAGAGAUGAAAGUGUCUGAGGCGCGGCCUAUCAUUGAGGACAUGGUGUCUGAGCGGCUCAUCAGUGACGAUGCUGUCCAGCGAGAGGCAAUUCAGGCAGUGGAGCAGGAUGGCAUCGUCUUCAUCGAUGAGAUCGACAAGAUUGUGGUCAACCAGGACCUGCGUUACGGUGCGGAUGCCAGCAGUGAGGGUGUGCAGCGUGACCUGUUGCCAAUCAUAGAGGGCAGCCAGGUCAGCACCAAGUACGGCAACGUCAGCACAGACUACAUCCUCUUCAUAUGCUCUGGCGCCUUCCACCAGUGCAAGCCCAGCGACAUGUUGGCAGAGCUGCAGGGCCGCCUGCCCAUCCGCGUCGAGCUCAAGGGCCUCACGGCAAAUGAUUUCUUCAGGAUUUUGACGGAGCCAGAGCACAACAUGAUCAAGCAGCAGCAGGCCCUGAUUGCCACAGAGGGCGUGGAGCUCAUCUUCACUGAUGCAGCCAUCAGGCAAAUCUCCAAGGUUGCAGAGGAGGUCAACACUCUUGUGGACAACAUUGGCGCCCGCCGCCUCCACACCAUCCUCGAGCGCAUCUUGGAAGACAUCUCCUUCUCUGCACCUGAGCAGGCAAAGGAUGCGAUUGAUCGAGGGGAGAGGUACACCUACACGGUGACAGAGCAGCAUAUCUCUGAUGCGCUUGGAGAUUUGCUCAAGAAAAAGGACCUUUCAAAGUAUAUCCUGUAG